GCGCGAAAUUAAAGAUGUUUUUGCGCGAGCGGGAAGAGGUUAGAUAUGCCACUGAAACGGAUGUAACGAGAUGACGACGACUACGACGACGACAGCUAUCUGAACAGCGCUGCAGCAGAUCCGUCGUCGUAUAUAGGUGUCUACAGUGUGCACAAUAAAAUCUUAUAUUUGUUCACGUCUUAAUGUCAUGGCAUCGUCAUCGGUGGCAAGAGGUGCAGAUGUGCGCAAAGAUCCGGUGGACGGGGUGGCACAACGACGGCGGAGAGAGCUGCAGGUGGUCCGGGCCGAGUUACAAGCGUGCAGACGGACGACGGAGACACUGUGUCGGCAGAUAGCCGAUGACCGAGUGAAGCUGGAUACGGCGGUCACGGAAUACGGGCGCCGGUCGGCGGACCUGGCUAAGCGGCAGUCCGAGGCGCACGGUCGUCUGGUGGCCGUGCUGUAUGGCCGGUCGGCGGCCGAAUGCCGCCGCGAGAUGGUGCACGAUCGCGCGGAGAACGAGCUGAGAGCGCGGAGAACGGCCAGCACAGUGCGCGCGUAUCGGCUGGACGCCAGGUGGCAGCAGCUUCACGGACGGUACCGUGGGUUUGCGAUGGAAGUGUUGGACACGGGUCGGCGGUCGUCUUCGUCAUCUCCACCAUUACCACCGCCAACACCACCGACGCCGCCGGUCGGGAUGGCGAGGCGCCGGCUUGGGCCUGCCAAACAGGGACGCCGUUUUUUUGCACUGGCUGACCACGUGGGCACGCAGUACCGGAGGGAGUCGCUCCGGACGUCUCGGUCGCUGCACAGGCUGAUGUCCGGAUACCUUAAGGAAACGUCAUCGGGCAGCCCGUCCCCGUCUCGUGAUGGCCGGACGUCGUUGAACGUGCUAGACGAUGCCGAACCGGUACAGGUAUUAGACAAGCUGCGCGUCAUGCAGGAGCAGUGUGCGAGGAUCGCGGAGCGGGUGCGCAGGCGGACGACGACCGGACGGACCGAGCAACACCCACCGGAGACCAGCGGCGGAAAACGUCCUCAAACCGACGUGUUGUUAGAGGCCCAGCGCACGUUAAUGGCGGGCCAACAGUAUUUGAGCAGGAUACGGCGAUUGAUGGAAUUGGCCAUCGGCGAGGUGGAGCGCGAGCAGAUUGCGUUGCGGAGACUGUUGUGCGCGACGUGCGCGACGUGUGUCGGUAAAAGAGCACCGCUUCGGUACGGCUCGUCGGCGGUCACUGAAAUCGCGGGACGGCUCGAGCGAGCCUGUUUUGCGUUGUUCGCGCGAUUAGACAAGGCGGGGGCUCCGGGCCCACGGAGUACACCGGACCGGACUGAUCAGGCCCACGCAAACAGUCAGGGCACGGCUACUCAUGAUGUGGUCACGUUGUGCUUGCGCGCCGUACGUGAGCACCGCGUGAACGCUGUGCGCAGUAUUCAAGACACUGAGCGCCGCGUAGGUGACUUCCGCAAAGCGGUGGCUCGGCUGCUGUUGGCCGCCACACCGAGGAGUGAUUUGGCCGGCGCCGCUGCUGACACCUACCGACGUCAUUCCGGACGAGCCUCCGCGCGAUCAACGCACGGCAAGCGUAAAACGUCGACGCCGCCCAACCAAAUGACAGAGGCCGGUGGCCGACGGUGGCCACCGACCACGAGGACUUUGAGCAACAAAACAACGGUCAUGUCUCCGAAAUCGUCGCUGAGGACGAAAUAUUAUAAUUAUGGCGAUGGUGGCACUACUGAAUUUACCGUGGCCGUCCCGACCACGGUUACGAUGCUAUGUCCCCCGUCUAUUGGUACCAUACAAUACGAGUGACAUCAUUAUAUUAAUACGAUCACUAGAAUAUAUUGUAUAUACAUUGUAAUAUUGUAUUUUUUAUAAUAUAAUGUACAAUUCUCUGGUUGGGUUACUGUUACCUAUUCAAUUUACUUUUUACGCGAAAACAAAUUUAGGUACCUAAUAAGCAAAUUUGUAACCGAUGAGCUUACAAAAACUCAAGUCUCAAUUGAUUUCAACUGAGAUUAUAACCGUAAUUCAGGUCAUUUAGAUCCUUCUAAGGCACAGCUAUCGAGUAGAUAACCGUGUUCUUAGGAAAAUAUUGGAAUUUUCUUAGUUAAAUCUAUUAACAUGAAAUUAUAAAAACAUUAAGAAAAAGAACAUAGAAAAAUUAAAAUAAUCUAACAAUA